AUGGGCAGCGAGAUGAGUCUGCAAGAAAUUUAUGGCGUAAAUCUAAACUCAUUCGUAUAUUACGCUUAUGCUGAAUCUCUCAUGUACAAGUUGAAGGAUACAAUUAUACUUUUCCAUCUAAUCAAUUCGUAUAUGAUAAAGCCGCGUCCAAAGUUGCACAUAGAUAAACAGCACGAGAUCAGUACACCCCAACCAAACGUUUUGAAAAAAGCCAUCACCAUUUCGUCGAUUGCGAUUAAACGCAGGCCAACGCUGCCGCAAACGCCAGCGAGUGCCCCACAGGUGUUAUCGCCCAAGCGACAGUGCGCCACCGCCGUUUCGGUCAUACCCGCCGUUGCCACCGCUGCCCAAUUGACACCACAAGUCCAGUACGCCGCCACACCAGCCACCGCAGUCGCUCUCAAGGCCGGCCAUCAAUUGACCUUUAAUCCCGCCGCUGCCGCCGCCGCUGCCCAAUACGCAGCCACUGCCGCCGUCAAUACACAUCAGCACCACCACCACCAACACCACACACAGGUCGCUGCUGCAGCUGCAGCUGCUGCCGCCGCCGCCGCAGCACAGCAACAACGCAUCGCUGUUGCCGCGCAACAUUAUAAUACAUCGGCUGCUGCAUUAUUGAAUCAGCAUUUGCAUUCGGUUGCGGCUGCAACGCAUUCGUUGUCACCGGCCACAGCGGCUGCCGUUGCUGCUGCCGCCGCGCAUCAGCAGCACGUUGUGUUACAGCAACAGGCACAACAACAACAGCAUCACCACAUUCAUCACACACAGCAUUCGUUGAGUCAGCAGCACGUUUAUCAGCAGCAACAGCAACAACAGUCAUUGCGCCAGCAAUUACAGGCACAACAACAACAGCAACAUUUGAUCAUCAAUAGUGCCAGCACAGUUAGCAGCACAACCACCAACACCGUAGGCACAUCGUUGACCUCAACUACUCCCACAGCAAAUACAACAACAGUCACAGAGGGUACAACGACCACAGUUGCUGCUGCUGCCAUAGCAGCCACCAAUUCGAUCAACGAAACUUCGUCACAAUCGAACACGUCCUCUGCAUCGACUACACCGUCACCGGCGGCAGCGACAGCAGCACCGAAUACGCACGACAACAACAACAAUAAUAAUAGCGGUGUGUUGAACAGUAGUCCAAAUAGUAGUAUUAGCAACAGCAGCAACAACAACAACAACAACAACACAAUCAUUACCACCAGCUCGACAAUGGAAAAUCAAAUGGCUCUAGCACCAUUGGGAUUAUCGCAAAGCAUGGACUCAGUGAAUACGGCCAGCAAUGAAGAAGAGGUUCGCACCCUCUUCGUUAGCGGUUUGCCAAUGGACGCAAAACCACGCGAGCUUUAUCUUUUAUUCAGAGCUUAUGAGGGCUAUGAAGGAUCUCUAUUAAAGGUGACCAGCAAGAAUGGCAAAACUGCAUCGCCUGUUGGAUUUGUAACAUUUCACACCAGAGCCGGUGCGGAGGCAGCUAAACAGGAUUUACAGGGUGUACGUUUCGAUCCCGAUAUGCCCCAAACAAUUCGCUUGGAAUUCGCCAAGAGUAACACGAAAGUGAGCAAACCCAAACCACAGCCCAAUACAGCGACAACAGCCUCACAUCCUGCAUUGAUGCACCCACUCACUGGACAUUUGGGUGGACCAUUCUUUCCAGGCGGACCGGAAUUAUGGCAUCAUCCGCUAGCCUAUUCGGCAGCUGCCGCUGAAUUACCCGGUGCAGCUGCAUUACAGCAUGCCACACUAGUGCAUCCAGCUCUCCAUCCGCAGGUGCCGGUACGCUCUUACCUCUGACUAAAUACAGAUAAAGUUAUCGAACAGCCUAUGCAUCAAACUCAAAUGACCGCUAUGACGCAACAUCAUCAACAAGCCGCAACUCUACAUCCAACAGCUAUGCAUAUGUCCGCCGCUGCUGCGGCUGCUGCUGCUGCAGCUGGUUUACCGCCGGGCGCAGCCGCCACUGGCCCACCGGGACCGCCACCAACCGGUCAUACAGCACAUCAUCAUUUUUUAUCCAGCCCCGCUUUGGCGAGUCCAGUUGGUUCCUCGAAUAAUCCAACACAUCCAUCGAAUCCACCAUUAGCUGCGAAUGCGCCCUGCUCGACAUUGUUUGUUGCCAAUUUGGGGCAAUUCGUGUCCGAGCAUGAGCUCAAAGAGGUCUUCUCCAGUAUGCCUGGCUUUUGUCGCCUCCGAAUGCACACAAAAGGUUCGCACAAUCUCACUUCUACUUCUACUACUACUACUACUACUUCCACCAUCACCAAUGCCACCAACACAAGCACCACUUCUAUCAAUUCUAAUGCAACAGCCAACAACAAUAGCAACAGCAAUGCCAAUCAUCCGGUUGCGUUUAUUGAGUUUAAAGAUACCGUUAGCGCUGCAACAGCAAUGCAGCAAUUGCAGGGCAAAUAUUUACUCUCCUCCGAUCGCGGUUCGAUACGCAUCGAAUUUGCUAAAACCAAAAUGAUCAAUGAUACUAUGAACGGCAGUGGCAGUGCCAAGCACAACAACAAUCACAACAACAACAGCAACAACAAUGAAGCAUUGGCUAUGCAGAAGGCAGCCAAUGCCAUGAACGCUACGCAAUUGCUGCCUGCCAGCAACAUGACGGCCGUUGGCCCCGCCGGUACUGCUAUGACGCUCAUCAGCAAUCAGCCGCCACAGCCGCAGUUGAUCAUAUUGAAUGGCUAUGCACAACAGCAACAACAGCAACAACAACAACACGCACUUCAACAGCAGCAACAAGCCAUGCAACAGCAACAACAACAACAAGCGUUCUUACAAAACACUGGUGUUGUGCAACAGCAAGCCAUCUUGUCGGCACAACAUUUCAUCACCACAAAUGGUGGCACCGCAACGGCUGUUGCUGCCUAUCCGGCAGCAGGAGGCGCUCUGCAGGCCAUAUCAGCGGUCGGUUCAUCGUUGGCGACCAUUUUUACUAGCACCAACAGCACGAACAAUUUGAACAACACCACCAGCACUACUAAUCUCAAUAAUAAUAACGGCAUUAAUAUCAAUACUAAUAACAGCAAUAAUAACAGCAAUAAUAACAAUAAUAAUAAUAAUAAUAUUGUGCACAAUUGUUCUACCGCACUACCACCGCCUACUGUUGUUGUAAACUCACUACAGCACCAACUUCAUCCAACUCAGCACCAAAAUCAUCUCUUUAGAGACAGGAGCGGGUAUGGAAUCAAGGCAUGAUUUAUUGAAUAAAAAAGCCGAGCGCGACUUGCAACAUCAUCAAUUUCUAAUGACAACACCGACUUGACCCGUUACAACAGCAGCGGCAGCACAUCAGCAUCAACAGCAGCAGCAACAGCAACAACAACAUCAGGAUUAUACAACGCACUAUCAGCAACAGCAGCAGCAACAACAACAACAAACAAACGCAGCUGCUAUGUCAGCGCAUCAUAAUCACCACCACCACCAACAACAACAACAACAACAGCAACAACAUUACGCAGCAGCUGCCGCUUCUUUGGCCGCAACACAUCACAUACCAACAACACUCAUUUCGGGUGCCACACCAGGAGCGGCAGCAGCAGCCGGCAUCUACUCCUACGUUUUGCCGACGCAAACACAUAUUGCGGCAUAGUACCGCAACAUCAUUGACGCCAAUUACAGUUAUUAGCGUUAGUAUGAUAAUACAACAAUGAGAACAACAACAACAUGAGACAAAAAUAUUUAUUAUUGUUCUGAAAGUGGGUGUUAGACGCAACAGCAACAAGUACCAUGCAACAACCAACUGCGUCAAAAUACAUAAGCAACAAUUUGAGUUUAGAUAUACAGCAUGCAACAUAGGGCGAAACAGCGAGAGUGUAAGAGGCGCAGCAUGCAACAGACUUGGCAUGCUUUGCGCGAGGAGAAAGACCGAAAAACUUAGAAGAAAUCUAUAAAAAAAAUGUACCAAAUAUAAGUAAUUAUAUAUACAAGAAUAAACAAUUAUCAGCUAAAUUAAGUGGACAAGCAGUUGAAAUUUUAAACAUACAAAACAAAUACAUAUAAUGAAAUGACUUCUUGUAUGUGCGUAGUGUAGUACAAUUUGGAAACUUAUGCAAGUUAAAUUACAUUAAAACAAUUUCAAAAAAAAUAUAUAUAUAUACAUAUGUACAUAUAUGUAUGAAAAUAGUAGCUUAAAGUUUUUUUUUGUUAUAUAAAUUUUUUCUAUAAAAUGUUGAAAUUUUUUAAUAAUUUUUUUUUUUUAAUUUUUUUUUAUAAUUUUUUUUUAUAAUUUUUUAAUAUAUAUUUUUUUUUAUAUUCUUAAAUACGAUUUUUAAAUAUAAUAAAAUUCUUUAUAACUACUUUUUUUACUUUUAAUAUAUCUCUUAAAUAUUUUUUAAUUUUCUUUUUGAUUUUUUUCCUUUUUCGCUACUUUUUCUAUAAAUAUAGUACUAUUUUUUGUUUAAUGUUACUAGCAAAUCAAUCAAUUUUCGAUUUUUUAAUAUUUAAAUUCAAUUUUCGAAGCAAAAUUAAGAUUUCUUAAAAGGAAUUGAUAUUUAUAGUUAUAAAAAAUAAUUUCUUUCUUUGUCUACUCUUUAAAAGUAUGUAUGUAGUUUUUGGAGAUUUUUUGAAAUUGAAAUGCAUUUUAUUAACAAUUAAAACAAAAAAUAUACAUAAUGAAUAAACAUAAAUUAUUAUCAUAAAAGACAUUUGAAAGUAAAAGUACAUAAAUGAUAAAGAACUAUUUAUAGCUUAACCGAAUGUGCCCUUUACAUAGCUCUCUUUCUAGAAUUAUAUAAAAAGCAUAAUUAUUAAAAAUUAUUACAAAAGGAAAGAGUAACAGAAAUAUGAAAACAAAAUAAACUGGAGAGUCCCAAAAUUAUAAUAAAUUUUUAAAUGCUAUUAAGCUGUAAAAUCACAACUUUUAUGAUUGUCAUACAAAAUGAUAAUGAAAUAAUUAUUGAACAAAAAAAAAAUACAGAAACUGCUGAGUAGUGUGCAUAAUUACAGAAAAGCGUGUAGAGAUUUUGAUAAAAAGCAAACUAGCGUUAGAGGUUCAAAUAAACGGUAUGCAUAAAAAAUAAAAAAAAAAAUAAAAUAAAAACAAAUCAUACGGUUUCCAAAUUGUUUAAGCAGAACUUAAAAAAAAGUAAUGGAUUUUUUUUAAAUAAAAAAUACUUUAAAAAUAAUAAAAAACGUAACAACAAUGUUACGAAUAUUAAAAUCAUGCCAACAACACCGAAAUCUGCGUUUCAGACUGAUUAAUGCAGCCAAUUAACUAAUUGAAAUUAAAGUGCAGUCUGAACGCAAUUAAGGUAAGAUUAGGCUGCAAUCAAUGUGGUGACAGAGACUGUAGCGCAGAUGGUAAACGUGAUGCUGGUAGCUGUAUGACAAAAUAUGUAACAAAGAAACUCUACAACAACAAAAACAAUAGUAACGGAUAUAGAACAAGGAGCUAACAAACUAACUAACUUGCAAAACAUAGAACUCGUAUACUACUUAUACUUUACAAAAACAACAAACGCUUUUCUACCACUUUAAACGUUAUUCAUAACCUAACUUCUGUGUAAACUGGUUGCAGACUACAGAAUAAAGCAAACAUAGCGAUUUUCUCUUAGGACUAUAAAACAACUACAACUACAACUACAUACAUACACACAAACAUACUUACUUAUUAAAACUAACUUCCGCCCAGUUUAUAAAAAAAAUACAACAACAACCACUAACUGACAGACUAAAUUAAAUGAAAGCUGACAGCUAGCAGUGAAAGCGAAAGCGACACACAUCAAUGUAAUCGUGACUGAAAACUGAAACCAAAAGAAAACAAAUUUAUGCGACAGAUGUUAAAGCUAAAGCAUUCAUAAAAAUACGCUAAAUACAAUUAAAGGAAAUAACGGUACAUACAUACAAAUUGCGUGAAUUUUAAUAAAAUAAAUAUAUCAAGACAUAUCAUCUUGCGUAGUGUAAAAGUUUAUACUGAUGUAAGUAAAAAAAUAAAUAAAAUAAUAAUAAUAAAUAAACAAAUGAAGUGUAGAACAAACCAAAAUAGAGCCGCAGAUGAUAUCUAGGCAAGAGAAUAACAUUUAAAAAGUGUGUAAACAUAAGAAAAAAUGCGUGGUUGUCAACACUCACACAAAAUGAGUUGUGGCAAGCAUUGGUCGUGAAAAGUGGAGAGUAGAAAUAUCUAGCGGGCAAUACAAUUAUUAUAAAAAAAUUUAAACUGUAAAAAAUUAUUUUACUUAUUUUUAAACUUUUUUAUUUUAUAUAUUUUUAUUUUAUUUAUUUUUUAUUUUUUCAUAAAGUGACGAUUUUUCAUAAAAUUUAAUAAUUCUUUGCCGCUUUUCUCCGAAGACUACGCCAGUGUGAAUACGACCUUAUUUUGUAAGCUCAAAUGCAUAUAAAAUCUAAUGUUGAUGAUGCGCUGCACACAACUGCAUACAUAUAUAUAAUGCAAAUCUCAUGCAAAUAAUGCUGCUGAUGAUAAUGCUGAUUAUUUGUAAUAUUAUUUAGGCGAUGUUGAUAUACAAAUGUACCGCAUAUACAAAUAUACAUAUAUGCAUGCAUAAUAUAUGAAAUACGUACAUAAACAAGUGUAAUAACUGUAUUUGUGCAAACUUAUUUUCAAAACAUUCUUAAGUUAUAAACUAAAAAACAAAAAAACAACAAAAAAAGUAUUUUUAAAGUAGAAUCUUUAUGUGUUUUUCAUUACCAAAGUUGUCCUUACUAAAAAAAGCUAAAAAAAAGAGUUAAACAAAAAUUUUAUUAUAUAAUAUAUGUAACAUUUAUUGCAAUUUUUUUGUAUUAAUUAAUUGAUUUAUUAUAUAAUUUACUGUUUUCUUAGUUUAGUACUAGACAUACCAAAGCAAAUUCAACUGGUUAAAAUUAUAUAAAAACUUAUAUACUUAUAUAGAUACAUAUAUAUAGUGUUAUCUUACAAACAUACCUACCUAAUUAUGAGCAUACAAAUACAUAUACGAAAAAAAUACAAGCUAAAAUUACCGUAAUUGCUAUACAAUUAACCAAAAAUUUUUGGGAAUCACUGCGCAAAAUUUGAAUGAAACAAUAUUAUGAUUUCCGCUUUGCAGUUAGCGGUAUUUAACUAAUUUUAAACUGACAACUGACAACAAAAAUGCAAAGAAAUCAUGCAAAAUGCAUAUAUUACAACAAAAAAUAGAUUACAACAAAAUGCGAAUUGCAUUUAAAAUAUACGCAUAUAAAUCAAGUUACUCAUACAUACAUACACAUAUACAAGUAAAUAGUUUGUAUACAGAAUUAGUCGGCAUAUGCAUAUUCCGUCCAAUGAUAUUUUGUUAAUAUGUAUUUCAAAAGCUUAAUUAUAGUAUAACUUUUAGUUUAUUUGUUUUUGUUUUUGCGCGCGUGAAAUUUCGGUGAUUUGCCGCUUUCGUUAGUAGCAUGCAACCGCAAGCGGCCACUUGUGCAACAUGAACACCUAUAUAUGUAGCAGUGAAAUUUUAACGGUUAUUCAUAAUUAAUAACAUUAGUAAUAAUAAAAAUUAUUAUAAUAAUACUAACUAGUUAUUUACGAGACGAACGAACUCUUUUCGCGUCGCCGCAGAGUUCAACUGAUUACUAAAUGCAUAUCAUACAUUGCGCCUUUUUUUCCAAACUUUAAUAAAUACAUACUUACUAUUAUGAAGAGAAAAUAUAAAAAAGCAAAAAUACAUACAAGUACUUGUAUUUAUAAAAAAAAAUAUUUAUAAACCAGUUUAGCGUGAUUAGUUUUGAGAACAAAAUAUUAUUAUUUUCGAAAUUUUAAAAAUAGCGCAUAAGAAACCAAUUAAUAGCAUAGUGAAGAGUGCAUACUAAAAAUGUCAGAAUUCAAUUGUUAUUUAUAAAUGUACACUUUUAAAUGUUGCAUGUAUAAAUGUGUAAUUUUAACAAAAAUCAAUGUCAAAUUGAGGCAAACAUUUUAUGACUAAAUGUUAAAAACUCGAAAAGUGUUUAGUCAAUAUGGAUGUAGUAAUAAUAUAGUGGUAAAAUAACAGUUAAUAAAAAAAUAACUGUUAAUAACAGCUAGAAAUGUCUGUUAACAAAAAAUUUCACAGUUAAAGCAUACUUGUGGCAUGCAACACAGUGGUCGUUUUGGCAGCAACAAAUUAAAAAAAUAAAAUAUUUGGAAUAUGUAUAAGUUUUACAGAAAACAGCUUAAAACAAUUAAUUAUUAAUCAUCAAUAAAAUAAUAUGUUCUACAAAAUUUUUGUUUUUAAAUUAAAUUUUUAUUUUAUUUAUUUUAUUUUAUUUUAUUUUAUUUUAAUUUAUUUUAUUUUAUUUUAUUUUAUUUUAUUUUAUUUUAUUUUAUUUUAUUUUAUUUUAUUUUAUUUUAUUUUAUUUUAUUUUAUUUUAUUUUAUUUUAUUUUAUUUUAUUUUAUUUUAUUUUAUUUUAUUUUAUUUUAUUUUAUUUUAUUUUAUUUUAUUUUAUUUUAUUUUAUUCUAUUUUAUUUUAUUUUAAUUUAUUUUACAAAAAAAUAAAUCACCAAAAUUUUCAACGCGCCUGUUCUAUUUUAUUUAUUUUGAAAUACAUUUUAUGAAUACUUUUAAUAUUUAUAAUAUAAAAAGCAAAGUAAAGUAAAGAAGCUAAUAUACAUUUUUAAUUGAAAUUAGUUUAACGUUAUAUACUUAUACUAUAUAAACAUAUAUACAUAAAUACACAUAAAAAUAUAUUUAACCAACAUUCGACUAUGAUUAGCAAAGCAUGAAGAUACAAAGAAAAGACAAACCAAAAUAGUAGAAGCGAAUAAAAGACAGAUGAGCGCAGAAUUAAGCAAGAAUGUAUGAAGAGUAUGAGACAGAAAGAAGCGAAAAAAUUUUAAAUUACAAAACAAAAAGUCGAUAAAGCGGCAAUUACAAAUAUAGGAACAACAAACAUAUCCUUGAACCAGCAAUUUUACCAUUUUGUAAAGGUCAAAAAGGUCAGAACAAAUGCCGCUGUGUAGACGUUUAGCAAGUUUAAGUUUUAAACUGUAGAUAUAUAAGCGGUAAUUUACUAACAAAAUAUAGCUACAGUGUAUACAUAAGCAUACAAAAUUAUGCAAAAAUUUACUAAAUAAAAAAUUACAAAAAAAAAAACAGAACAACAACAUUUAGACAUGAAUAGAAAGCAUGAAGCGUUAGCUUCUAUAUGCCACAUUUGUGAAAUGAAAUCAAUUCAACUAGUAAAUGAAAACACAAAAACAACAACAAAUACAUAUCAGCAAAAUUCGACAACUUUUACAUUGCAGUGAAUGCGCAUACAUACAUAUAAGGA